AUGAUCCUUCUGGGUGGUCGUCUGCGUCAUGCCAACCGUAGUCUUGUGGGAAUUCUGGCGGAACAGGCCAUCGAAAAUCUUUGGUUCGAUCAGGUAUUUCUGGGUGCCAGUGCCGUGCAGCCUGACGAUACGAUUUCGACUCCGGAUGGCGAGGAAGCAAGCCUGAAUGCUGCCAUGAUGCGGCGUACGGAAGAGUGCUUCCUUCUCGUAGACAGCAUGAAGUUCGGGCGUCGGUCCACUUAUAAGGUCGGGCAUCUGGAUCAGGUGUCCUGUGUCUUUACGGAUACGGAACUGGACCCAGGACAGGUUCAGACGUUGCGGGAACGCGGGCAUAAGCUUGUUCUCGCCGGGCAUGCAGAAGGAAACAGCGAUGAUACUGAAUGA